AUGGAUCGUUAUGGAAGAGUCCUUACCGUAGAGGAAUUCCAACUUCUGCAAGAACGAUUCGGUUUGUUACCAGAGCAUGGUGUGGUGAUUCCAGCGAAGGGAUCAUCGGUUUAUGACUAUCCUCAAGGGAAAAUGGGGUUGAUCUUUGAACAAGAUACUCCGAAGAAAAAUUGGCAGAGGCAAUGGCUCUGGGUCAAACAAAACCUUGUGGGGCAUGGGUUUCGUAAAACCCGAGACUUUAUUGACCGUACUCCUAAGCUAUUCAUAGGUAACGUAACUCUUGGAAAACAGCUGGGAUACAUAACUGUCAUCGGGGAGAACUGGGAAGAUUUCAUCAUUAUUGCAGCCGCUAUGAGUGCUUCCCGGAGGGCACGUGGGAAGAUGGCACAGUUAUUCGUAGUGAGAUGCGCCGAGAUUUCCUUAGAGAUGGCCAUGUGUCGUCACUAUCGGGGUAAGCUUUGUCACCGGGAGGUUGAACUUCUAGAGACUCUUCCCCCACCUGUAUCUGAAAAAUGCAUGAAGGAAGUCAUUGGAUUGUUCUCAGUAAAAGAGAGAAAUGUUGGUUCUAGCGGACUUUCCUUGCCUUCCCAACCGGUUGUUGGGGCCAUUUUUACAGCUCGUUUUUCGGCCUCUGAUUCUGCUGAUAUUCCUGUGGUGGCUCAGGUAGGAAAAGGUACUACUCCUAUCCUGAAAAAAUGA